AUGCAUACCUCACAUCGCAUCGUACAGUUCGCCCAACCGUUAGCGUCAGCCUACUCUACGACUCCAACGCUUGUGAAGCCUUACAUCGAUUCAUCCGUAGAUGCUGUGGUACGACGACCUACUGAACACCAUCCUAUAGCCCACCUCGCCAUCUCCAUCGCCAUCUCCAUCUCCAUCGCCGUCGUCAUCGAUUCCUCCUUCUUACGUCCCACGACCCAUCUUGAGGUUUUCAACUUCCGAGGAGGCAACGCGACCAACGGACAACGACAACACGCGAACCCAUACAUCCGUCCAGGCCCCGAUUUCAGAGGGGAUACGUUUCCCGCCCAUCGAGGACCAGACGAUGCACAGGCCGGUUUCAUCGCCAGUUACUAG